AUGGCGGGCCCAGAUCAGCAGAAGCAGCAUCAACAGCAGGUGGAGGAGGAGAAGGCCGAGCACAUCGAUGACGCCGAGAUGGCGCUGCAAGGCAUCAACAUGCUACUCAACAACGGCUUCAAGGAAAGCGACGAGCUUUUCAAGAGAUACAGGAGCCACAGCCCACUAAUGAGCUUUGGGGCAAGUUUUGUCAGCUUCUUGAAUGCCAUGAUGACGUUUGAGGAGGAAAAGAUGCAGAUGGCUUGCGACGACCUGAAGACCACCGAGAAGCUGUGUGAGAGCGACAGUGUCGGUGUACUGGAGACCAUCAGGAACAAGAUCAAGAAGAGCAUGGACUCUCAGAGGUCUGGCGUGGUGGUGGUGGAUCGUCUACAGAGACAGAUUAUUGUGGCCGACUGUCAGGUUUACCUGGCCGUGCUCUCCUUUGUCAAGCAAGAACUCUCAGCGUACAUUAAAGGCGGUUGGAUCCUCCGCAAGGCGUGGAAAAUGUAUAACAAAUGUCACAGCGACAUCAGCCAGCUGCAGGCUGCCUGCCAGCAGAACACCACAGAGAGCACCACCGAGAACACAACCCACACCGCACCGGACAACGCUAACCACAACGAGGCAGAGAGCGGUGUGACGGCCGAAGCCCUGGACCGCCUGAAGGGCUCGGUUAGCUUCGGCUACGGUUUGUUCCACCUGUGCAUCUCUAUGGUUCCCCCGCACCUUCUCAAGAUCAUCAACCUCUUGGGGUUUCCCGGAGACCGCCUCCAAGGCCUGGCUGCCCUCGCCUACGCUAGCGAAAGCAAGGACAUGAAGGCGCCGCUAGCUACAUUGGCCCUCUUGUGGUAUCACACGGUAGUGCUGCCAUUUUUCGCGCUAGACGGGUGUGACUCUCACGCUGGUCUGACGGAGGCUAAAGAGAUCUUGCACAGGAAGUCACUGGUCUACCCAAACUCUUCCCUCUUUAUCUUCUUCAAGGGACGUGUUCACAGGUUGGAGUGUCACAUCAACAGCGCUCUGGCCUGCUUCAACGACGCACUUGAACUGGCUUCCGACCAAAGGGAGAUCCAGCACGUGUGUCUGUACGAGAUCGGUUGGUGCAGCAUGAUCGAGAUGAACUUCGAAGACGCUCAUCAGUCUUUCGAGAGGCUGAAGAACGAGUCUAGAUGGUCGCAGUGUUAUUACGCGUACUUGACCGGAGUAUGUCAAGGAGCUUCAGGUGACUUAGACGGCGCCAGCGGAGUCUUCAAAGACGUGCAGAAGCUGUUCAAAAGAAAAAACAACCAGAUUGAGCAGUUCGCAGUCAAACGGGCUGAGCGUUUGAGGAAGAUUUCCCCCAGUAGAGAACUUUGCAUCAUGGGUGUCAUUGAGGUGUUGUACCUGUGGAAAGCGCUUCCCAACUGCUCCUCAACCAAGUUGCAGGUUAUGAACCAAGUCUUGCAGCGUCUUGACGAGGUGUCGUGCCGUGGCCUGAAACAUCUUCUUUUGGGUGCUGUCCACAAGUGUCAUGGCAAUACCAAAGACGCCGUUCAGUCCUUCCAGAUGGCGGCUAGAGACGAGUAUGGACGGCAGACAAAUUCGUACGUUCAGCCGUACGCCGUCUACGAGUUGGGCUGUGUGCUGCUAGCUAAACCAGAGACAGUGGGAAAGGGAAGAUCGUUCCUACUUCAAGCAAAGGAGGAUUUCACGGGCUACGACUUUGAAAACAGGCUUCACGUACGCAUCCAUUCGGCGUUAGCCUCUCUAAAGGAACUAGUGCCUCAGUGA